AUGAUGGCUCCGCCUCACAACCUCCCCCUUCACUCCUCACGCUUCUCCAUCCGCGCAGCCACGCGCCUCUCCGCGGCGUUAUGCGCGUGCUGCGUGCUGCUUCUCGCCUCCGCAGCCUCCGGCGCCGCCCCCGCGUCGUCCCUACUACCGUCCGCCCGGCACGGCCUUUCCCCUCUUCACCAGCCGGCAUCACGCGACGAUGAGUCUUCAUCUUCAAAUUACGGCUCGUCCGCCUUCCCUAGUACCGCCUGGUCGCUGCUACACCCGUUUCUCGAUUUCUACAACUCAGACAAUCUUGGCGGCGACUCCGGGGACUCGUCGCGACUAGAACAGCCGCAAGCGGCGCGCUCCCCGCCGCAUCGCCUGCUCGUCGCACAGCAACAGCCCAGCGUCGCCGCUACCGCAGCUGGCGUCGCGACGAGUGCUCACGUCAACAAGCCUCCGCCGCCGCCGCCUGCGCCGCCGCUGCGCGAGGUGGAGCUCGACCCGUGCGCGCUGCAGGCGCUCCUUCCGCAGCUCUUUCCGCCCGCCCUCCUCGACCCCGCCUGCUUCAACCACCUCUCGCUGCACUCCGCGCAGCCCUCCUCCCCGCUCGACUCCCCCCCGCACGGCGGCGCGUCCACGUCUCCGUUGAGCGACAGCGGCAGCGGCGGUGGCGGGGGGGACGAGCCUGAGACGGCGACGCGGGGCGAUCUGCUGGAUGUGGCGCGCAACAAGUGGCGCGCCAGCACCGUGUGGGCGCCGCUGGAGGCGGAGAGCAGCGCGGAAGGCGCGGAGGGAGCGGGGGGAGCGGGGGUAGCAAGGGUAGCGGGGGUAAUGGGGGGAGCGGGGUUAGCGGGCGGAGCGGGGGUAAAGGGGGGACCGGGACGAGCGGAGCCGGCGGCGGCGGCGUCGACUCUCACCCCCCCGAAUGAAGUGAUCACCGUGUGUCGCUCCGCUGGCCCAGCCAGCAUCACCAUCAGUCCGGAUCUCAGUGGGCAGACCUGGAGAGGCUGGGGCACGUCUUUGGCGUGGACUGCCAACUACAUAGGCAAGCUGCCAGACGACCAGCUCACCACGCUGCUGGACCUGCUCUUCUCACCGUCCACGGGAAUCGGGUUCAACCUCGCGCGCUACCUCCUAGGCGCCAGCUUCAACGCCACCAACAGCCCGCAGCUCACCAAAGACACCUUUCACCAGGUCAACCUCCCCGGCUACAAGCCGACCGAGGCCGGCCCGUACGACUGGGCGGCGGACUGGCGGCAGCGGAAGGUGCUGAAAGGAGCGAUGGAGCGCGGGUUGGAUGAGGUGGAGGCGAUUGCGUACUCGGCGCCCUGGUGGAUGACCAUCAGUGGGGACACUGCGGGGAAUGUGGGCGGAGCGUCGAACCUCUCACCAGAUAGGUACGGCGAGUUUGCCGAGUAUUUGGCGACCAUCACGGACCAUUUCCGGCGGGAGUGGAAUGUGACGUUCAGCACGAUGAAUCCGGCGAAUGAGCCGCUGGAGGGGUGGUGGACGCAGGGGGGGAAGCACGAGGGGUGCACCUUCACGGCUGCUGAGUUGGAGCGGCUUUGCAAAAUUGUCGCGGCUGCGCUGAAGCGGAGGAAGCUUCCCACGCAAGUUGCGGGGUUCGACAGCUUCGUCGGGUUCACGGUGCGGAACGCAAAGAAAUGGACCGGGCAGCUGCUAUCCAGCCUGAAAAGGAUCUCCGUGCACGGGUAUGUCCCUCCGCCGCCCACCACAACCGACACAAGGGAGUAUAUCGAGCAGCUCUAUGUGUGGCUAGCGCGGGUGGGGAUGGGCGUGGGGAAGGAGGUGUGGGUGUCGGAGAUUGGGCCGAUGUGGGCGGGAGGGGAGGACACCGAUGUGGGGUUGUUCAUGAUGCGAUCGGCGAUCCAAGCGAUCAACAUCAUGGGCGCUUCGGCGUGGAUUUACUGGCAGUCGAUCGCACCGACCCUUCCUUCCAACCCUAAUAUGUUCAAGUGGGCGCUGCUCACGAUAAAGCACAACAAUGUUUCGGAUCCAACGGUCAUUCCGCUGGAGAUGACGUUUUGCCCCUUCCCACACCUUUGUUAA